AUGACCUGGCGGGAGAAAGUGAAGACCAUGACUGCCUCCCAGAAAGGGGCGCUCAUUGAUGCCUUGACCGGUGCCUUGGUCAUUGCCAACACAGUAGUCAUUGGUCUCAGCGCAGAUGAUGUUGGCUGGGUAGGAGAUCAAUGGCACUGGCUAGAUUGUGGGCUGGUCUUCUUUGCUGCUUGGCAUUUGAAGGUCCCCUCGGAGAAGCAUCUACAUGAAUGCCUUGUAACUUUAUUGUAUAAUUACUUCCUUUGA